AUGUUUAGAUCCUAUCGGGACAAGCUACGACUUAAAGCUGAUCGAGCAGCAGAAACGGACGAAAACUAUGGCCUGACCAUCUCCAGCGUAUGGUCGUUCAUCAUUACGAUCGUCGUGAUAGCCAUUUACUUUCUGGUGUAUCUGAAUUGGGUUUCACUUCCCAGAGGGCUGACGGUCGGGGAAGAGCAGACCAAUCCUGGUCGGUUCAUUGCCGAAGUGGCUAAAAACAAUCUCGCCGUUCUGACUAGUAAUGGACCACGUGUAGGAGGAAGCUACACGAACGAAGUGUUCACCGUAGAUUUCCUUCGACGAACGAUUGAGGACAUCAUCGCGAAGGCGAAUCCCGUGCACAAAUUCGAGCUCGAAGUUCAACAGCAGAAUGGUAACAUGUUUCUCAACUACACGGUUUAUCCGCAAACCAGUAUCUACCAGGGAAUUCAGAACGUAGUGGUGAAGGUUACACCGGUUGGAACCGUAGAACCGGACAACUAUCUGAUGCUGAGUUCCCAUUUCGAUAGUGUCCCUCAGAGUCCGGGUGCCGGUGACGAUGGCACCAUGACGGUGGUGAUGUUGGAAAUCCUGCGACAAGUUUCGCUCGGUGACGUACCGCACCGGCACGGAAUAGUGUUUGUGUUCAACGGGCUGGAGGAAAACACCCUGCAGGGGUCGCAUGCCUUCAUGGCUCACCACCGAUGGUGGGAAAAUGUGAGGGCCUUCAUCAACAUGGAUGUGGCGGCCAACGGGGGGCGGGAAAUCAUGUUCCAGGCCGGACCGAAGUUUUCCUUUUUGAUGGAGUAUUAUAGAGACUACGUACCGCACCCAUACUGCACGGCCGUCGCAGAGGAAAUCUUCCAGGCAGGGCUGGUUCCGUCGGAGACGGAUUUCUACGUGUACGCCAAGAUGGGUGGCAAACCGGGAAUGGACUUUGCCCACAGUACCUGGGGCUACCUGUACCACACGGGGUACGAUGCACUGGAUACGAUCCCACUGGAAACGCUGCAGCACACGGGCGACAACGUCCUGGCGCUGGUACGCAGUCUUGCCAACGCACCGGAGCUGUCGGAAAUCGAUCGCCACGAAGGCCGUAAGGCGGUAUUUUUCGACUUCCUACAUUGGUUCCUGGUUUACUAUCCGGACUGGGCCGGAAUACUGAUCAAUUCGCUGAUGGCCGCCCUCGGGUUGGGCCUGCUCGGAACGUCGCUGUGGAUUAUGUCCAACAAUUCGAGCGUUAGUUUCGGACGAAUGAUGUGUCAGUUUAGCGUUAAUCUUGGCGUGUUGCUGCUGUCGAUUGCCGUCGGGAUUGGCUUUUCGGUGCUGAUGGCGGUGAUUAUCCAUGCCGCCGGCGGUGCAAUGUCCUGGUUUACCGAAAGCUGGCUCGUGUUUGGACUGUACAUGUGCCCGUUUCUGAUUUGUACGGUUUUGGGUCCACUGCUGCUGAUUCGGUACUAUAAAAUUGAUGAUAUUCUACUUCAAACAAGGAUUUUGCUGUUUCUCUUUGCACAACAAUUAAUUUUUAUUGUGAUACUAAUCGUGAUGACAGCAAUGUCAAUUCGGUCGGCGUAUAUUUUUGUUAUUAUUGUGAUAUUUUUCAACGCCUCCACGAUCGUGAAUAUGAUUAUUCGGUUUAAAAAUUUUCACUGGAUCUACAUCCACCUGAUUGGACAGAUCUUUCCCGUCGCCUACUAUGCGUCGUUCUCACUGACCUUAUUCGCUACCUUCAUUCCAAUGCAAAACCGUGGAAAUGCUGAAUCCAAUCCGGAUUUAAUUAUUUCCCUAUUCUCUGUGAUAGUAAUACUUCUGAUUAGUACCUUUCUUACGCCACUGGUAGCGAUGACGCGAAAGCCGUUUAUUUUCUUCGGCACCAUCGUAGUGUUUUGGAUUAUCACCAUCAUUGUCAUGGUGACGCCUGUCGGUUUUCCCUUCAGAGCAGAAACGUCGCCACAACGGUAUUACGUGUUCCAUAUUGAUCGCAAUUUCUACAAUUUCAACGGGGAACUGCGCCGAUCGGAUAGCCACUUUUACAUUCAUCCGCAGGAUGUUCACACCCCGGGCUACAUCAUGGACGAGGUUCCCGAAAUGGAACGAGCAACCCAGCUAGGAGACGAAUGCGAUCGGGAACUUUACUGUGGAAUUCCCUUCUAUCAAAAUCAAUUUCAUGCCCGACGGAACGUCGCCUGGUGGCUGCCGGCGGGAAAACCCGUCCUCCCAACCCCAGUAACGCUGCAAUUCGUCAGCGAGGAUCGAAUUUCGCCGACCAUCACGCGGUACGAUUUCAUCGUCACCGGAACGGACCACAUGAGCUUCUACGUUUCGCCGAUUCUGCCCAACAAGCUGCUCGAGUGGAGCUUCAGCGAGAAAAUUCCGCACAGCAGCUACCCGUGGAACGGACAGGAUGUUCAUUUCAUCAACUUCGUGCACGGCAUUGACAAUUCUCCCUACCCGUUCUGGGUGCUCAUCGAGCACGAAGGAGAGAAAUCGACCACCGAACCGAGCUUCCAUCUGAACAUCGUCGCCCAGUACAUGCACCACGAAGAAUACCGGACGGCCGAGUUUCAACAAUUUGUCGAUAAUUUCCCCGAUUACGCCCACGUCGUUGCUUAUCCGAGCUAUCUGCACAGUCGAGUAUUUUAG